GAGGCAGGAAGGGGAAAACCAGGCAGAGGGGUCAGAGGCACAGAGGCGGAAAGGGGGGCCACAAGGGGUGAGAAGGGAGGGCCGCCCGCGCGUUCGGGGGCCGCAGGUGCAGGAUGGCCGCGCCGCGCGCCGGGGAGGAGCGCCGGCCGCUGCUGGCGCGCAGGCCGCGGGCGCCCCGACGGUGGCGGCGGACGGCGGCGGCCGCGGUCCUGCUGGUGGAGGCGCUGGAGCGCGCCGCCUUCUUCGGCAUCUCGGCCAACCUCGUGCUCUACCUCAACAGCGCCAGCUUCCACUGGGACGGCCAGCAGGCGUCCCGCGCCGCGCUCGUCUUCCUGGGCGCGUCUUACCUGCUGGCGCCCGUGGGCGGCUGGCUGGCCGACGCGUACCUGGGCCGCCACCGCGCCAUCGCGCUCAGCCUGCUGCUCUACCUGUGCGCCUCCGGCCUGCUGCUCGCCACCGCCUUCCUCGACGGCCGCCGCUCCUUCUGCGGGGAGGUGCCCCAGUCUUCCCUGGCGCCCGCCUGCCCGUCGCCCGACUGCCCGCGCGCCCCGCCCGCCCAGUACUGCGCGCCCACGCUCUACUCGGGGCUGCUGCUGCUCGCCCUGGCCGCCAGCUCCAUCCGGAGCAACCUCACCUCCUUCGGGGCCGACCAGGUGAGUGGCAGGCGGGCCGCCCCGCGCGGAGGCCCAGGGAACGCACAGGGCCAGUGGCGUUCGUGGGGGCUGAGACGCAGAGCCAGGAGCGACCUCGGACAAACCACUUCCCCUCUGCGCGCCCAGUUUCCUUAUUCGAAAGAAGAGGGGGAGCUAACUCGAACAGUCACGAUGGCCACGAUGGUGAUGGAUCUUGGCCGCCAGGCCAGCCGCCGCUUCUUCAACUGGCUUUACUGGAGCAUCAACGUGGGUGCUGUGCUGUCGCUGCUGGUGGUGGCCUUUAUCCAGCAGAACAUCAACUUCCCGCUGGGCUACGGCAUCACCGUGGGCUGCGUGGGCCUGGCCUUCUUCAUCUUCCUCUUUGCCACCCCCGUCUUCGUCACCAAGCCCCCCAUGGGCAGCCAAGUGUCCUCUAUGCUUAAACUUGCUUUACAAAACUGCUGUCCCCGGCUGCGGCACCGACACUUUGCCAGGACCACGGGACCAUGGAGCCACAGCUCCGGUGGGAUGGGUCUUGAUAAGCCACUUGUGCAGGAAAGGAGAGACCUUCAAGGCACAGAAACACUGCUUGCGCGGAGGUCUCCCCAGCCUGGCCCUUCCCCGCAAGACGACAUCGCCAACUUCCAGGUUCUGGUGAAGAUCUUGCCCGUCAUGGUGACCCUGGUGCCCUACUGGAUGGUGUACUUCCAGAUGCAGUCCACCUAUGUCCUGCAAGGUCUUCACCUCCACAUCCCGACCAUUUUCCCCGCCUACCCGGCCAACAGCUCUGUGGCUCUGAGAGCCCAGGGCAGCGGCUACAAGACCCCGGAAGCCUGGCUCCUCCUGGCCAACGUCGUGGUGGUGCUGAUCCUGGUGCCUGUGAAGGAUCAUUUGCUGGACCCUUUGCUGCUGCGUUGCAAGCUGUUGCCCUCAGCCCUGCAGAAGAUGGCGCUGGGGAUGUUCUUUGGUUUUGCCUCCGUGGUUGUGGCCGGAGGCCUAGAGAUGGAGCGUUUACAGUACAUCCAUCGCAACGAGACGGUGUCCCAGAAGAUCGGGAAGAAUGUGUACUAUGCAGCACCUCUGUCCAUCUGGUGGCAGGCCCCUCAGUACCUGCUUAUCGGGAUCAGUGAGAUUUUUGCCAGUAUCCCAGGCCUGGAGUUCGCCUACUCGGAGGCUCCUCGCUCCAUGCAGAGUGCCAUCAUGGGCAUCUUCUUCUGCCUGUCAGGAGUGGGCUCGCUGUUGGGCUCCAGCCUCGUGGCACUACUGUCACUGCCAGGGGGCUGGCUCUACUGCCCCAAGGACUUCGGGAACAUCAACAAUUGCCGAAUGGACCUCUACUUUUUCCUGCUGGCCGCCAUCCAGGCCGCCACGGCCCUCCUGUUUAUCUGGAUCGCUGGUCGCUACGAGAGGGCAGCUCGGGGCCCAAUCUCCCAAAGCUGCCCCAGCAGGGAUAGGGGCUGAGCACCCCCUGCUUCUCUCCCCAGGACACAGACAGCAGCAGUCACAGGUGGGGGGUUCCUUGAGUUUAUUCUGUACCCGACAUUAGGAUGAAAUGGUUCCCAUAAAUAAGGGGCUUAAGCCCUUCCUCACGA